AUGCAUACACAUCGAGCUGAAUCAUUUCUAAUAUAUGAUAAUGUCCGAUUAGAGAUUGUACACGAAUCCAAUCCAUUCUUUGCAGGUGAACCAAUAUCUUUAAUAUUACGAUUGAAACAUUUAGGAUCUACAAAAGAAUACGAAAAAUUGAAAGCCGACAUUCAUCAGUAUCAUCAGAAGAUUGAGAAUGAAUUAAAUUCAAAACAAAUCCAUUUAAAUGAAUUAAGUAAAAAUCAGCCUGAAAAUAAUUCAUCUUGGUCCUUUGUCUCAUUACUGAGAAAUCCCUUUAUGAAAAAUGAUCAGUUAAAUAAUAAUGUCACGAAAGAAAUGGAGCAGUUGUCUCUAAAUGAAAAAGUAUAUGUUAAAAGUUUAACUAAUCAAUUACAAUACCAUAAACCGAUAAGCUUAAUCUCUGGGUUUAUUCAAAUUACUGGCUUGUUCCAAUACAAUGUAUCAUUAAUCAAUGAUGAUAAUUUUAAAAAUAAGGGUACAAAGAUUGUAAGUAUCCUGAACCAUAACAAUACUGACACAAAUACUACUACUACUACUAACACAAUUUCAACCACUGAGGCUACAACUUCUUAUGCAACGAGUGAUGAUAACUAUACUGAUUAUAAUAUUAAUAACAAUACCAAUAUUAGUAAUACGCACACUACAUUUCCUCCCUCUUUAAAGAAUAAUACAAAUAGUAUAGACAAUUUUAUUAAAUAUUCUAACUCAAAUUUUGAAACCAUGUCCUCACUAGAUGACAAAACAGUUAUAACUCCCAAUUCUAAGUUCUCAUAUACUCAUAGUCAAUACAAGCAUUCAGACACAACUAAUGAAUAUAACGAGUUGCCUCUAUUUUUGAUCCCACAGACACUAUUAUUUCCAGAAAUCAUAUUACAACCUGGUGAAAUAAAGAGUUUCCAUUUCAAAUCCUCAAAUUUACCGAAAAAUUUAUGUCCAAGUUAUUCAAUCCCAUUAAAUAAUAUAAGAAUAAAUUACUAUAUAGAAUUUGGUGUUAAUGUUAUUACACAUAAAGAAAUCAUACCAGUUAAUCUUAAAAUCCCAAUUUUUAUAUCUCCAUUUAUAAAUAAAUGGAGUCAACAAUAUACAAUGAUACUGGACAACGUAACACAUAUUAUGCCUCCUGCAACAGUGAAAGAAGUUCUUAAUGAACAUCCAAAAAGAAUCACUUCUACUACAUCUGUAUUUUCAAACGAUCCUAUGACUAUAAGUAACAUAAGUGAUAGAAAAAGAUCUAGUUCUGUAUCUUCAUCUUUUUUUAGUAAUUUGAUAGAUGUGAAGAGUGAUAAACAUGAUCAAAAGUUAAAUACAGAUCCAAUUAAUCUAUUAAAAAAAAACUUUGUAGAUAUAAUAAGAAAAAAUAUUACAAACAGUUUAGACAUUGAUCAAUUGGUAGGAUUACAAUUGAAUUAUCAAUUUCAAAAAAUUGACAAUGAAAAUGAAAAUAUUGUUACUGACUUUAGUAUAUUACAAAGAAAUGAUAAACACAUAACAAGAAAUAAUAUUUCAAACUUUAAGAGAGCUUUACCAAAUCUAAAAAUCAAAGAUACCGAGAAUCUAACUAAUGUAAAUACUGAUAAUAAUAAUUUAACCGAUCAAAAUGGACAACUUGUACCACAAUUAAAUAGUAAUCUGCAAAAGAAAUUUAUUGUGAAUAGAGAUGGAAAAUCUAUUGCUCAAAUCAAAUUAUCGAAAUUUUUCUAUACUAUUACAGACGAUAUUAAUCUAAUAAUAUACCCAGAACGAACUUCAAAUUUUCAAAUAAGUGCAGUGAAAGUUUCGUUACAAUGUAUUGAGUUAUUUAACAAACUUUACAUUUUAGAAAAGGAUCAAACAAAACCAUUUUAUAAAACAGUAUGUGAAGCACAUACAGUAUGUUUUGAUAAAACAGAUUCAUUGCCAUUAAAGUUGAUACUUCCAAGAAGUCCCAUGAACCAUUUACCCAGCCAAUUUAAAACCAAUAUUUUUGAAAUUAAAUGGGUAUUAAAGUUCACAUUCAUUUUGAUUGAUAAAAAGAAUAAUAAUACUAAAGAGUUAUUUUCCUAUAGUGGGCGCCUUGAACAGUUCUAUGAAGAUAAAAAGGGUGCUUUGUAUCAUUCCAAAGAAAAUCUUAACGGUUUGGAUUUCACAUUCAGAGUACCUGUUGAUAUUCUUCCCUCAGUAAAUGACUUUUCUGGUUUAUAA